AUGAUUUCUUCAUUUCUUUCUUCGGGUAAAAGUCUUGCUGUACGAUUUAGGCGGACGCAUUCGGACAGAAACUUGCUUGUUCGUCCUCGCAGUCCGUCAAUGCCAACUGUGCAUACCAGUGCGGACCAUCCUAGAAUACGUGAAACAAUGGUGUCACGAGUGACCAGCCGCAGUGUGUCACCUGCAAAUGGAGUCGCAGUAAAGGAGGUGCCAAUUAAUGCAUCGCGAUCGCAAGAGAAGGCUUCUCGCGUCACAAUGAGCUCGAGACCUCCACGCGAACCACGGCGAGCUGUGCAUGCCACAAACUCCAACGAGCCAGUCAAUUCUGCUCAUGGGCUGUCACUGAAUGACUUUGUUAUUAAAAUGGAAAAGGAACACUACAUGACUGUUAUGCAGGCGGAGAAAACUGCGCUUGGUUAG